CUUAUCCCUUAUCUCUCCACUGGCUUAUCUCGUCUGCGCCUGAAUGCUGUUGUCUUAUCCGUUUCUCUCAUGCGAUUGUUGCCCCGGGAAGAGGCAAAGUUACUGCUUCACCAGACAGGCUCUCUUGCCCAGAAACGUCUCGCCCGUGGCGUGCGGUUAAACCAGACUGAGGCUGUCGCAUUGAUAGCGUCUCAGCUACAGGAGUUCAUUCGUGAUGGACGUCAUUCCGUAGCCCAGCUUAUGCAGCUCGGGAAAGAAAUGCUCGGUCGUCGUCAUGUCCUACCCAACGUCCCCAGCUUGCUCCAUGAAAUCCAGGUCGAGGGCACGUUCCUAGACGGUGUCUUUCUGGUCACCGUCCACGACCCUAUUUGCACGGAGUCUGGCAACCUUACGAAUGCGCUCUAUGGCUCAUUCCUCCCCUCCCCUUCCGACGACCUCUUCCCCAUAUCAGAUGUCUCUGAAUACCUCCACGAAAAAAUGCCCGGCGCUAUCAUCGCCCGUCCAGAGGCUAUUGUCCUCAACCAGGGUCGCGAGCGCGUGAAGUUGAAAGUGACGAAUAAUGGGGAUCGUCCAAUCCAAAUUGGGUCGCAUUAUCACUUUAUUGAGACAAACUCGGCCAUGUCCUUCGAUCGAGGCAAGGCAUACGGAAAACGACUGGACAUCCCAGCCGGCACUGCGGUCCGCUUCGAGCCUGGUGAUACCAAGACCGUAACGCUGGUCUCUAUUGCAGGAGCGAAAAUAAUAUCCGGAGGAAACCGUUUAGCGUCUGGAGUAUAUGACCCUUCGAGGACAGACCAAAUAGUCAGCGACCUAGUCCAGAAAGGCUUUGGCUACGCGCCGCAACCGGGCGCGUUGGAGGUUACUGUGGACGCUGAAAUUGCCAGGGAGGCUUAUAUUUCAAUGUUUGGUCCCACGGUCGGCGAUCGGGUGCGACUGGGAGACACGGCGCUUUGGGUUGAGGUCGAGCACGACGAGACGGUUUAUGGAGAUGAAGUCAAAUUUGGUGGAGGCAAAACGAUUCGAGAAGGAAUGGGACAGGCCACAAACCGCCCAGCUUCGGAAACCCUUGAUCUCGUUAUAACCAAUGCACUCAUCAUCGAUUGGUCUGGCAUCUACAAGGCAUGUUUGGCACAAGCUGAUAUCGGUGUCAAAGACGGGCUCAUAGCAGGAAUCGGCAAAGCCGGUAAUCCAGAUGUUAUGGCGAAUGUUCAUCCAUCACUGGUUAUCGGGUCUUCGACGGAAGUUAUUGCUGGAGAAAAACUUAUCGUCACUGCUGGCGCUAUUGACGCCCAUAUCCACUUUAUUUGCCCUCAACAAGUGGAGGAAGCCCUUGCGUCAGGGACUACCACUAUGAUUGGUGGCGGCACUGGACCAAGCGCAGGGACAAACGCCACGACUUGCACCUCAAGUCCGUUCUAUAUGCGACACAUGCUUGCCGCUACCGAUGGGCUUCCGCUCAAUUUUGCCUUCACGGGCAAGGGCAACGAUGCUGGCCCGACUGCCUUGGAAGACAUUAUCAAGGCAGGCGCUGCUGGACUGAAGUUGCACGAAGAUUGGGGUACGACUCCGGCGACUAUCACGACUGCCCUUGAUGUUGCGGAUAAGUAUGAUGUUCAAGUCAAUAUCCACACUGACACCUUGAAUGAGAGCGGUUUUGUGGAAACCACUAUCGCGGCAUUUGGCGGACGGACUAUCCACACAUAUCAUACUGAAGGCGCAGGUGGUGGACAUGCGCCGGACAUCAUUGUUGUCUGUGGCCUGUCAAAUGUCAUCCCAUCGUCGACGAAUCCGACCCGACCGUUCACCAAAAACACGCUCGACGAGCAUCUUGAUAUGCUCAUGGUCUGUCACCAUCUUGACAAGUCGAUACCAGAAGACCUAGCAUUUGCCGAGUCACGGAUUCGGGCAGAGACAGUCGCCGCAGAGGACGUGUUGCACGACAUGGGCGCGAUUUCGAUUAUCAGCUCUGACUCGCAGGCAAUGGGGCGUGUUGGCGAGGUUGUCAGUCGGACAUGGCGGACAGCGAGCAAGAUGCGGGAAUUCCGGGGACCAUUGACCUCCCUUGGUGAUGGAGAGGGUAAAGAUAACGCCCGCGUCAAGCGAUAUGUGGCCAAGUAUACUGUCAACCCGGCAAUCGCACAAGGCAUGAGCCAUUUGAUUGGGCAGGUUGCAGUCGGCACACUCGCCGAUCUCGUGCUAUGGAAACCGGAGAACUUUGGCGCGAAACCGGAGAUGGUGCUUAAGUCCGGUGUCAUUGCGUGGUCGCAGAUGGGCGAUGCUAAUGCAUCGAUACCCUCCGUGCAGCCGUUCUUCGGCAAGCCGAUGUGGGGCGCCAAAGCGGGGUCGGCAGCGCUGAAUUCUGUUGCAUUUGUGUCGCAGUUGUCAAUCUCGAGCGGGACUGUCCAGUCGUAUGGGCUAGCCAAACGGGUGGAGGCGGUCCGAAAUUGUCGGGCGGUGGGGAAGAAGGACAUGAAGUGGAAUGACGCCACUCCGACGAUGAAGGUUGACCCGGAGACGUAUGAGGUUAGGGCGGAUGGGGAGCUAAUGGAUGUUGGGCCGGCGGAGAGUUUGCCGCUUGCGAGGGUAUAUAAUUUGUUUUGA